AUGUCUUUCUCGGCGUCCCGUAUGCUUCUGCGCACCCCUCAGAUUGGCCGCAUCGCCGUGCGCCAUGCCUCGACCACAUCCNNGAAGCAGCCAAUGCUGCCUCCAACGCUGCCUCCAAGGCCACAUCUUCUGCCUCGCAGGAGUCUCUCAAAAGCCUCGUCGUCGGCCGAGUCUGGCAUCUCAAAGGCUGCCGGAGCUGCCACCAACGCUAUGAACAGCGUUGGCGGUCGCACUGGUCAGGUCAUUAGCUUUGUUCAGUCCAUGAUCCCUCCCACCGUCUACUACGGCAAGGUCGGCCUUGAGCUCGCCAAGCUUGUUGCCCGUGGUCAGAAGAUGAGCCCUCCGUAUGUCAUAGCUAUCUUGUCCUUCUUGUGCGCCUCGACUUACACAAUUACUACAGUNAACGUCCAGACCUUCCAGACCUACGGUCAGAACUUGAUGAACGCCGCCAGAAACCCCAGCGCCAACACUCCAUCAAACCCCUUCCAGGCCAUGCGCAACAUUGGCAGCGCUCAGCUCAUCACUGCUGGAGUUGUGACGGCUGAGAUUCUCGGAUUCUUCACCGUUGGCGAGAUGAUUGGUCGUAUGAAGCUCAUUGGCUACCGAUCAAGCUCUCACGACGAGCACCACUAA